AUGGAUUUCCUUCCCGUUGAGCUUCUCCGCCUCAUCUUCGAAUGCUGCGAUGCUGCCUCCACCCGGGCCCUCCGCCUCGCAUCGGCUAGGCUCGCCGACGUAGGCUACGACUACCUGCUCGGGCCUCGCUUCACCGCAGUCGAGUGGAAGGACGACAUCAAGCGCCUGCACAACAUCGCCGGCCACGACCGUCUCCGCGCUAGCAUCAAGACCAUCACCUUCAACUUCUCAAAGGUCGACGAGUACAACGCCCGCCAUGCCUCCUUCUUCCAGCACUGGCUCCAGGAGCCCGAGGAGAGGAGCAUCGCCCUCCAGGAUGCCUGGAUCAAGUACUACGAGCUCGAAAAGCAAAGCCGUAGCCUCCCCCCCUUCCACGCCCGCGCCACUGUUGUCGAGGAGUCGAUCAAGCGCCUGUCCGGCCUGAGGGGGCUCGAGAUCACAUACACGCAGUGCCCCUACGACAUCGAGAUGCUCAAGGAUGUCUUCCUGGUCCGCAACUGCCGGAAGAGGGACAGAGGCCAGGCCUGCAAGAAUAUGAACGCCAUCGUGUCAGCCAUCCGACAUGCCCGCCUCUCGUCGCUUUCCAUCGACCAGCUACCGCUCGAGAUCUUCCGCCUGGCCGAUGACCGCCGCCACUGGUUCGACUGCGCACGCUCCUUCGCGAGCCUCUCGAGUCUGGACCUGGUGUUGGACCCCCCAACCAACCUCCUCCCGACUGCUCGGUUCCGCGCCGUCAACGGCCUGGGCCAUGUUCUCCAGUUCUCUCACAACCUCACCCACCUGUCGCUGGGGUUCCACACCUACCACGCCCCCGCCGAGAAGUUCAUGAUUUCGUUCCGCGAGCUCUUUGGGGAAUUCACCUAUGAGAAGCUCACAGAUCUGAGGCUGGAAGGCAUCAGAUGCUCCGAGGACGAUCUACGAGCCUUCUUGGUCAGGCACAGCGCCACUCUCGAGCGUCUUCGUCUCGGCGGGAGAGGCCUUGCCAAGCCAUAUGAGCUGAGCAUCGGUGGAGUCCAUCUCCACGAGGGCUCCUUCCGGUCUUUGCUGACGUCGCUACGGGGAAAGUUGCCCAAGCUGCAACGCUUCCACAUGGAGGGCGACAUGGAGGCGGGCGAGAUCGGGACCAGCUCGCGCGAGCUGUUAAAGUUCCACCCCGUCACCGACGACAAUUGGGUCGACAUCGUUUCGCAACGGCGCCGCCCUCUGCGCAAGACUAUAGACUGCCUUGCUCUGGAACGCUUCCUCCUGCAGGGCGGCAAAUAUCCACGGCUCGAUGCAACCGAGCCAGACGAGUGA